GGUUGGCUCCUGGCGCUUCGUUGCCCCUCCCCCCUCCUCUCACGCUUCCCCGGAGCUAUGGCCCGCCUCUCUGCUGCUGACCAAUGCUCUGCAUUUUCCUUUGCGCGUUUACCCUAUCGGAGACGUAGGGGGUGGAGUUCCGGUCGUAACGCUGUGCGCCUUGACAGACCUCGCGUUUCCUCCCGCGCCGGUUGAGGGAUUGCAGUUGAGGUAUAUUUCACGGGGACCGGUUGGGCUCGUUGACGGGCAGGUCUCUGACGGACGGCGACAGUGUAGGUUGAGUCUAGAAAGCCGCAGUCGCUGAUUCUGUAGCACGAGGAGUUCUGAGGGAAGUGGGGAGGGCCUGGGAGGAGAGAGACACGUGUUGAAGCUUCUGGUGCGGGGUGGGAGCCCCUGGACCACACCCGUGCUGUCCCUGCUCCGCGUCCUUAACGCGGGUUAGGUUUUGGGAUCGCUGGCCCCAGCGUCUACUGUAGGUUAUCUUUCGGUCAAAGCGAAGCGCCGUUCACCAAGUGUUCAAGAAAGGGUACCCAGGGCCUGUUUUUAUUUUUCUCCUGUGCCUCGCUCUUUUCUUACCUCUCGAGUUUGUUAAUUUUCGAGGUCGGAAAGCAAAUUUUAAUUUGGGAAGAGCUGUCCUGUAACAUAUAACACAGACUGUGAGACCAGCUAUGUUAAGCACUGUGCGUAUAUUAUCUCAUAUAAUCCACACAGCAAUCUAAGGGGUAGUAGUAUUCCUGUUCUCAUUUUCACGCGAAGGAGCAGACUGCUUAGUAACUCGUCCACAUGUUUUCUUCAGCCCGUCUCUUGACAAACUUGAGUGUGGCAUUCGGUUUGCGAGGACAUAAAAUUAAAAUAUGCUGUUGUAAAAUGUUGCUUCUGUUUUCUUUCCGAGCUUGAAGUUAUUUCAGAAGCCAGUGCAACAUACCCAUAGGUAUAUCGAUAUUAUCGAUGUAAAAGAUCAUCUGGUAGAAGACCUUGGACUAGGAGCCGCUUCCACCUUUUCAGCCGCAUCUUCCUCAACUGCAGAAUUGAAAUCAAUACCAGACAUGACUACUACCUAGAGUUGUAGACAUUACAUGGUAUCAAAGUGAGAUCUGAAGAAGGUGAUCACCAGGAACACCAACCUCCAGAAAUAAAUUUGUACUGCACUUUGAGUGCUCCUCCUGACAUGGAGAGGAUUGAGGAACAAUUCGCUAACCUGAACAUUGUUAAACGUUCCUCGGGGACUACAGAGCCUACUUACCUGCUGGGCAUAGAUGCAUCAAAAACCGUACAAGCAGAAAAAGAAAGCUUGAUCGCUGUUUUAUGUUCUAACGGGUCAAUCAGAAUCUAUGAUAAAGAGAGGUUAUACAUACUACGAGAAUUUCGUGGCUAUCCUGGACUUCUCAAUGGAGUCAAAUUUGCAAAUUCUUGUGACAAUAUAUAUUCAUCAUGUACUGACGGCACUGUAAAAUGUUGGGACGCUCGAUUAGCCAGUGAGAAACCUGUCCAGCUGUUCAAGGGUUACCCUUCCAAUAUUUUCAUUAGUUUUGAUAUCAGCUGUAAUGAUCACGUCAUUUGCGCUGGUACAGAAAAAGUUGAUGAUGAUGCAUUGCUGGUAUUUUGGGAUGCAAGAAUUAAUUCUCAGGAUUUGUCUACUUCUAAAGACCCACUUGGAGCAUAUUCAGAGACACACAGUGAUGACGUCACUCAAGUACGCUUCCAUCCCAGCAAUCCCAACAUGGUGGUCUCCGGUUCAACUGAUGGCCUGGUGAACGUAUUUGAUAUUAGUAUUGAUAAUGAAGACGAUGCACUGGUUACGACCUGUAACUCUGUUUCUUCCGUAAGCUGUAUUGGUUGGUCUGGGAAGGACUAUAAACAGAUUUAUUGCAUGACGCACGAUGAAGGAUUUUGUUGGUGGGAUCUUAAUCAUCUGGAUACUGAUGAACCAAUUACACGUUUGAACAUCCAGGAUGUCAGAGAAGUAAUUAAUGUGAAAGGAGGCAUUUUGGACUAUUUGGUUGGUGGCCUGUAUCACGAAAAAAUGGACAAAUUGUUUGUUGUUGGGGGAACAAACACAGGAAUUAUUCACUUACUGAGCUGUACUACAGCAGGAUUGAUUCAUGUGACCAGCCUUCACGGAGGGCAUGCUGCUACAGUUCGCUCUUUCUGUUGGAAUAUGCAGGAUGAUUCUUUGCUAACCGGAGGGGAAGAUGCACAGUUGUUACUUUGGAAACCUGGAGCAUUAGACAAGACAUUUACAAAGAAAGACAGCAUGAAAAUAGCAUCCUCUGUGUACCAGCGAGUUCGAGUUCACAGUAAUGAUUCUUUCAAGAAAAGGAAGAAGCAGUGAUGUGAUGUUGGGAGCUUCCUUGAAAGGUUUUAUAGUCGCAAGUAAUUAUCUUUGUGUUCUACCUGUGAUAGAUCUGUUUAAAGCUCAUAUGUAAAAACAAGCCAGUUAGCAAACAAUCCUGGAAAAACGCUGAAAAUGGUUUAAUUCAGGUCUUCAUGUAUUCUAAAAUUAUUUUUUUUAAAGCUGCCAGUUGAGUAUAUAAUCAGUGAGUUGAAAGUAAAAUUACAUUCCUCAUUUUUAAAACCCAUCUGUUGAGUUAGUAAAUGUUGAGUUUUAAGAAAUAGCUUUGAUAAGGACUUUUUAGAAGUAGAUGGCUGAUAUGACUUUAAAAAAUCAGGUGGUUUGAGCUAUAUUUUGUAAGCUCAGUUUUUUACAUUUAAAAUCAUCUUCAUUAUUUAUAAAACCAAAUCAGACUGUUUUCUGUCAGAGCUCCUACUUGCUUAAUACACAUAGAUUAUGUUGGAGUAUUUAAAUGUAAAUAUUCUAAUGAUUCUAAAUAGUACUAAGCUUUUUUAGAAAUAAAGUGAUUUGUGUCUAUUUAAAAAUAUAUAUUUAGUAAAUAUUUGCAUCUAUAUUUUAAAAUGGUUAAAUAGUAAGCAGGUAUUUCAUUGAGGAAAAAGAAAUUAUCUUGCAAAAUUCAUUUUGGGUCCGUGGAAAUACAACAAUGAAAGUAUAAUAGCAGAAUGACUUUUUUAUUUCAAAGUAGUCUAGCAUUUUGUGAUAAAAUUUUCUUUCAUAGUGCUUUAUCCAUAUUUUUAAACGUAAGAGCCCAUGGGGAGUGGGGGCCAUGCAAGAGUUGGCCGCUAGAGCUUAAAGGGGGACACCACCAUAAUCUAAUUUAAACGUGAAUUUUUGUUUACUGCUAGUUUUUUCAUCCUUCUACGUAUUUUUCCAAGGUAUCCUAAUAAAAAGUUGGUCACUCUAAAGGUUUA